UAAAUGAAUAGUGUCUAAACCUGAAGGGGACAAAUCAUUCUGGAGAAAUAUAGUGGGGGAAAAAGGUAUCUUAGUGAAUGACCUGAGUAGCUGCAUUACGAAAGAUGUCUGACUCUGAAACCAUUGAACUGGCUUGUCUUGGCCGACCUUUUCAGUUGGGAAUGCUUUAUGACUGCCGAAGAGAUGUCCUCAUUCCAGGACUAACUCUUUGGGAUGCUGAGAUGCUGCAGAAGAAUAUUAAUGUACGUCCACAGCCAAACACUGACUUCAAAAUCAUUGCCUCAGAUUCAAGUGAAGACAAAGUGUCAGCUUUGAAUGUUCGUGCAUCUCUUGAAGCCAGCUUUCUGUGUGGAUUAGUCAGUGUGAAAGGGUCGGCUGCCUUUUUAAAUGAUAAAAAGAAGUCCAAACAUCAAUCUCGAGUCACCUUACAGUAUCGGACAACUUCACGUUUUGAGCAGUUAACUAUGGAGCAUCUUGGACUAGGGAAUGUAAAGCAUUGCAAUGUAUUUCAGGAGGGCUCGGCCACACAUGUUGUUACAGCUUUAUUGUAUGGAGCUCAAGCGUUCUUUAUUUUUGACCGUGAAGUUUCUACCAAUGAAAAUCUUCAAGAGAUACAAGGAGAGCUCCAAGCAACAAUCAAAAAUAUACCUUUAAUAUCAGUUGAAGGUGAAGCAGCUUUGAAAAUGAUUGAAUCAGAAAAAGAGAAAAUGAACAAAUUCAGCUGCACUUUUCAUGGAGAUUUUGCUCUGGAAAACAAUCCAGUUUCCUAUGUAGAUGCCAUCAAGGUGUACUCAGAACUGCCAAAACUGUUGGGAGAACAUGGAGAGAAUGCUGUGCCCAUGACCGUGUGGCUUUACCCUCUGAAAAAACUAGAUUCAACAGCUGCUCAGUUAGUCAGGGAGAUCAGUGUAAGCCUAGUACGACGUGCCCAACGGAUCAUGGAUGAACUGGAUAAUUGUGACAUUCAAUGUCAAGACCUGAUGAGGGACAAUGUCGCCAUUCAAUUCCCUGAAAUCAAAACUAAAAUCAGAAAAUUUAAGGACCUCAGCUCAGAGUACAAAAUUGUUUUUCAAAAACAUCUCUGCAGGCUUCUUCCAUCUAUAAGGGGUGGAGGAAAAGAAGAACAAGAGCUUGCUGAUGCCCUCACAGACAAAGAAAGAUCGCCAUUUCAAGGUGCUCUGGUACACAAGUUUCUAAACGAGCGAGAGCGAGAGAUGAAUGUUGUUAGAUCUUACCUCGAAAUCAUGAAAGAAGUCCCUGUCCUUUCAUCCAGCAAUGACUUGGACAAGGUUGUCUUGAAAGCAUCCAAUAACUAUGUGAUAGCUUUUGCACUCUCCUCCUUAAAUGAAAAGGAACUGUACUUUUCAGACUUGGAGAAUUACCUGAAAAAACAAUCAUGUAACAAUGGAGAGGAAAUACAUUAUGAUCAAGACUCCUCAAAAAAGAAAUGGUUUUCAUCAGGAGAUGCAACUGCUCUUACCAGGGAAAUGAUACAGGCCUUCCUAGAUUUCAAAGAAGCCAAUAAAGGAAGAACAAACAUUGAAUUCUGCAUUGCAUCAAUCCCGGAUGAACUCAUCACUGCCUCUUCAAUUCAUGUUUAUGAAAGAGGGAGACUCAUAAGUUCACAAUAUGAGCUCCCCUCAAAACCCCCAAAACCAGUCUUCUUGAGUGCUGAGCAUGACUGCAUACAUCUGCAAAUCAACCCUCCUGACCGCGGUGUUAGUUCUGUGGCCUCAUACUGUAUCUCAUAUCAGGCAGCGCAGAGCUCUGAAUGGACAGAUGUGUUUACAGAUGGGGUUUCUGAUCAGGUCACCGUCAAGCAGUUACAACCACAUAAAGAAUAUUGCUUCAACUGCAAGGCGGUGUGUCGUCCUGGAGUAAGUCUGACUAGUGACACAACAUCAUUCUUCAAGACUCGUCCAUGUGCUCCACCUGGAGCACUUACAGUGAAACAAGUAGAAUCUGAGUCUGCAACUGUAGUUUGGGAUGUUCCUACAUCUGUAGGUGAGGAUGUUCUGGUCACUGGAUACGUGUUGGAAUUGAGAGAAAUGAAAAUGGAUCAGGAAAAUGAAAAGCCAUGGAAGUCUGUGAAAUCUACAAACAGGGAGUGCACUCUUCAGGGACUGAAAGAAAACGCAGAUUACACAAUCAGAGUUUUUGCAAACUGUGGAAAUGAUGGAGUGAGUCUCUCCAGCCCCGAAACUGUGUUUUCAGCCAGUUUUAGGGGUAAACAAUCAAAUAAGGAUGGGAGUGGGUUGUUCUUGAAUCAAUCUUCACGAAUUAAAAGGGGCAAUCCAUCAAUACAUACACUGAUACUACACAAAAAAAUGACAGAGACUCUAAGUUUUAAUCAGUAUGUCUUCGGAAGAAAAGUUGAGGAUGUGAAAAACAAAGUAAUUCUUCUUGUAGGAUCAACAGGUGCAGGAAAAACCACACUGAUCAAUGUGAUGGUCAAUUACAUACUGGGUGUAAAGUGGGAGGAUUCAUAUCGCUUCAAACUAAUCAAUGAAGUGACCAAUCGUUCACAGGCUGAGAGUCAGACAUCUAAUGUCUCCUCUUAUGAGCUGUACAAUCAGCCUGGCUUUCAAAUUCCCUAUUCCCUCACAAUUGUAGAUACACCUGGAUUUGGUGAUACAAGAGGAAUCGCACAUGAUAAAAUGAUUACAGAGCAGGUCAAAAGCUUUCUUUGUAGCCCUUUGGGAAUCGAUCACAUUGAUGCCGUCUGCUUUGUUGUCCAGGCCUCUCUUGCCCGCCUGACUGCCAAUCAGAGUUACAUCUUUGACUCAAUCCUGUCAAUUUUUGGCAAAGACAUUGCAGAGAACAUCAUAAUUUUGGUAACAUUUGCAGAUGGUAAAGACAUCCCAGUUCUAGAAGCCAUCAAAUCAGCAGAUCUGCCCUGUAAAAAAAAUAAAAAGGGACAACCCUCUAAUUUCAAUUUCAACAAUUCAGCUGUGUAUGCAGACAAAAAAGUAGAAGAGCCUACAACCUCUGAUAAUGAUUCAGAUGAUAAUGAUGAUGAAGAUAAACUCACAGAGCUUGUCUGGGACAAAACCUUUAAACAGAUGAGGGCUUUUUUCAAGGCACUUGGGACCAUUGAAAGUAAAGAUCUGACGAUGACUAUAAAAGUCUUGGAGGAAAGAGAGCGCCUUGAGAAAGCCAUGACAAGUUUGACCCCUCAAAUAACUGCUGGACUCUCUAAAAUGAGUGAAAUAAAAAAAUUCAAGCAAUGUUUGGAAAAUGAGAGUGAGAACAUGGCACAAAAUGAGGAUUUUGAACAAGAUGUAGAGGUGAUGAAAGCAAACAGAUCCCCUGUAAACUGUUUUACCAUGAACUGCAACACCUGCUUCUUCACAUGUCACUCCAACUGCUUCCUCCCUGCAGAAGAUUCUGUCAACACUUGUGCUGUGAUGGAGGGUGGCUACUGCAUUGUCUGCCCUGAAAACUGCCAUUACUCUGCUCAUUCAAAGGAAAAUUUCAUGUGGACAUAUGAAACAAAAAUAGAGAAAAAAACUAUUAAAGAGCUGAAAGACAACUUCAUGAAGGCAAAAGGAAAGUUUAUGGACUCGAAGCAAAUCCUUGAUGCACUUGAAGAGGAACUCCAUGGAAUUGAGGACAAAUUAAGGAAGUUGAUCAAACUGUCCUCUGAUUGCCUAAGAAGACUGGAUGAAACUGCACUGAAGCCAAAAUCUCUCUCCACAGCCGAAUAUCUCGAAAUCCUGAUCAAAACCGAGAAAGAAAAGAAAAGUCCUGGCUUUGAGGACCGGAUUGUUGGACUCGAGAAAAUGAAACAAGAAACUCUUAUCCUGGAAAAGAUUGCUAAAGGAGAAAAUUUGCUUGAAACAGAGCGCCGCAUUAUGGAGGAGAGAGAGAAGAGAAUAAAAACUGUUGCCCUGAAAAUUAUGAAAAGGAAGAAAGCAGUUAGUGCCUUCCAGUCACUGAGCAAUCAGAAAACAUCCGAUCAAAAGGACGGAAGUGCUUGCCUUGAGGGCCAGGAGAUGUCAUAAACAAAAUAAAGGCUGAUUAAUUCAAAGAGAAUAAGGAAAAUUGAAAAUUUGCUUAACAUGAUGUUACUUAAACAUCAAUGCUUCAUUCAUCUAUGGAUCAAUCCUCUUUUAACAUCAAUACUACUUAAUUUAAGAGUUAUUUCAUGCUUGUAUUUGUGUUUUAAACAAUGAUGCAGUGUCAAAUUUCUCAAGAAUCCACAACAAUCAUGUACUGUAGCUCAACUGGUUGACCAUAGUGCCAGGAAAUGCAUGAAAUGAUCGUUUUUUGUUUGUUUUUAAUUACUUAGCUACUUCAGAUAAAAGCUUCUGAAAAAGCAUUAACGUAAAAUAAUUUUUUCAUCUUUGUGUUAAGUUGUAUUAGUAUGGCAUAAAACAUUUGGAAAUUAAGAAAUAUGGAUUGUUCUUAUGGUAGAGCUUAUACUGUAUUGCCGCAACGCAUGUGAUUUUUUCCCAAUUAUUCCCUGAAAAUGUACUACAGUUCAAAAGUUAUCAUCAGCGAUUGUAUUAUAAUUAUCUCUACCUAUGGAUUUUAAAGGUGCCAUUGAAUGUUUUUUUUACAAGAUGUAAUAUAAGUCUAAGGUGUCCCCUGAAUGUGUCUGUGAAGUUGCAGCUCAAAAUACCCCAUAGAUUUUUUUUAAUUAAUUUUUUUAAC